GCUAAGGAGCGCGCGGACGCCAUCGUCGCCUACGACAAGGGCCCCACCAACAAGAGCAAGACGGUCAGGACUCGGGAGAAGACCUGGUUGGACGACUUGGUCGCUUGCCUUGACUGGGUUGUGUCGUUGCUCCCAGCAGAGCCGCCAGAGUUGGACGCCAUCCAGUGCAAGGGCAUGGCGAUCUCUAUGGGCGUGGAGUUCUGCUUGACAGGUCAGCUCACGGUUGGGUCCGAGACGUUCACCAAGUGGUCCUUGCUGCGGCCUAGGCUACAGGAGAGCGUGAAGCAAAUCAUGUCAGCGAAAUGUUCUUCGUCAACCCUCUUCCAGAACCAGCUUCAAGAUCGCCUGAUGCAAGCCAUCGGCGACACGGACGCAUCGGAGUCGCAGAGCCCUGCUGGGAAGCCCAGUGAGCCCGCCGAGCAGUCUGAGAUACAACGUUUCGUGGCAGACGAGAGCCGCGCGCAGACCAUCGCCGAAUUCGUUUCCAAGAAUGCUGCCGACACGCCGCUCAAAACACAGGCGCCCCUGUUCGAGCUUCGGAGCGCCGUCGUGAAGGAGAUGGUCGCGACUACUGCACCUGAUAACUUCAUUGCGGCCUUCUCCGACGCCCUGGUCACGGGCCUUGCGAAGGUUUUCCCCGACGACUGGUGGGUGCGCAUGGCUGCCAUCGCCGAGUACGUGGAUGGCGGGAAGCUCCCAGACUGGGCCACGACCAUCAUGGGGCCGAACGACAUCGGACACUUUCUGGCGCUGCGGGAGAAAAAUACUCUGGAUGUGUUGAGAGACAUCGUCGCUGAUGAUGAUGUUUCCGCCAUGUCGGACGGGGGCCGGUUGGCCAUUAGUAAGCUCGUGAAGGCCAUCAAGCGCCCAGAUGUCAACAAGAGCGGCGCGCUGGACAUUGUCGACACCAUCGGACGGAACGCUGCGCGGGACCGCGCACUCAUGGGGGGCAAGUAUGCUAGCGUCUGGGCUUCCUUCUUGGGCGCCCGCCUCUCCGAGGACAGCGAGCCCGAGAUGCUGAGCGCCGUCAAAGCGGCCGUCCUCAAGGAGUUCGGCGCGGAGAUUGACGCGGUCACUUCCAAGGCGGAGAGCCAGGGUUUGAAUGCCAGCGACGGCGGCGCGCUGCAGGUGACCCCCUGGGCAGUGAUGUCCAGCAUCGUGUCCUUCAAAGACUACGAGAAGAUUGACCUUCUCAGCAAGACGCCGCAUUCCUGGGCGGCGCUCCCACAGACCGACCCCAUCGCAGUGAGGAAGAACUUCAACAUGGACUGGGUCUCUAGACUGUCACCGUACAUCGAGUUUGCAAUCGAAGAGAAUCGUGACGGCAUCGAGAAGCAGACCAAACACAUCGUCGUCAAUACUUCAUUGAAGGCGCCGCCGGCCGUGGAAGUAGACGCGGCGAACACAGACGAGGGCGAGGCCAGACCCAAGGCGAAAGCCAAGGCCAAGGCCAAGGCGAAAGCCGCGGCCAAGGCUGGAGCCAAGACCGACGCUGCUGACAAGAUGGCUUGCACCUUGGACGUCGCAUCCUUCAAAGACUUCGCGCUUCCGUUCACGGGCAAGAUCAUGCGCCACCGGACCGCCCUGUGCACCCAGAUCGGGAUGAUCACUGUCGCGACCGACCCAACGGUGAUUGAGAAGAAGUCUGAGGAGAAGGACUCGAAGAAGGAUAAGGAGGAGCCUGAGGACAAGCAUGGCUCGGACUCCGACAACGGGCCCGUCUCUCGGGUCUUCACGUUCAACGUGCCGAUCUACGUGGGCGGGCAGGGCGCCAGCGACAUCUUCGGCCAGCGCGUCGUUCCAGCUUGGUGCGUGAAGCCGGUCGACGUGAAAGCUACUAUGGUGAUCGAGGACCGCGUGCUGCGCCUGAAGAUCCCAGAGAAGCUCCAGCUCGGCAAAAAUGCGGCGGACAUGAUCAUCGUUGACAGCAAGCAGCUGCGAGGUGUCGUCGGCUACGAGGCGGCGAACGCGCGGCCGUGCGGCAUCCCGCUGACCCGCCCGGCCUUCGACGACGAGGUGCUGAAAUCAGACAAGAAAUCCCAUGGGAAGGCGGUCGAGAAGCUGGCCACGGAGUUCUUGAAGUUCAUGGGGGCUGGGGCCGCGGUGGACCAUGGCAAGCGCAAGGCCAAGAAGAACAUCAAGAUCACUGGCGCUGGUGACGAUGCUGGCGCCCACGCCCUCGACGGCGACGCCGAGGAGGACGACGACGAGAUCGCGGAG